AUGGUAGUCCCGGACGAUCCCUUCCAAGAACCGCUGCCCAUUCGCGAUCCAGCGCGGAGUGGGCACGCGUCCCCGUCCCCCAUUCUGCGUAUUCACUCCGAGGUCGACAUUGCGGCGUCGCGCGCUGCUGCUGUUGCUAGCCACAGUGGCGAGCCGACACCCGACACCAGCCACCCAGUGAGUGGCGGCAAGACUCCUCGCCGUGUACAGUGGACGGCGGACCAUGUUAUCAACCUCGCCCCAUUGGAGCAAGACGGAGAUGUCGGUGGGGACGGCGAGGGCCAGGCACUCGACCACCACAACCUCCGACAGGUCAACGACGCACUCGAAUCGUUCAAGAGAGGUCGGCACGUUGCCAGCCAGCUGAGUCUCAACUCGAUGGCCAGCUCGGACAACACAGAUGACCUCAAUGGCGAUCGCCGCCCCCUUCGUUCCGACGAGCACGACCGAGGCCGUCCAACUGCGACGUCUGAGGAAGACUACGACUAUCGCCUUGACAAUGACCCCGAGGACCCAGAGGACACGAGCGACCAUGAGAUGAACCUUGAGCACCACAUCCUCGACGCUGGCGCCAAUGACCACGUUUACGCAUAUGUGCCACUCGGCGAAACGGACGGCCUGCCCUCGGUCCCUAACGAGGAAUCACGCCACGCCACUGCAGCCGAGAUUGUGCGUGCCCACAGCAGCAAGUGGGGCACGCUCCGUCGUCGUGUCCGCACUGGCUCGCUCACCCGCAAGGCCCGUGCCAAGCGGGCCGCAGACGACAUGUCCCACUCGACGGCCCUCGACACUGUCACUGAGAAGGGGCGCGACAGCGUCGACCAGACUGCCCCGCUCAACCCUGGUCCUCCGCAGGUCGAGGCGGCGGCCAUUCAGCAUCGGCUCAACGCUCUCAACCGUCCACCACCCGGCGUCCUUCCCGGUGGCGCAUCGGUGUUAUCGUCUCUCCUCACCCUUUACAACAAGCAGCAGCUCGACUCUGGCCCUACGACCCCCGGUUCCUCCCGUCCGCCAUCACUGUACGACUCUCCAGCGACAUCCGAUGGCGAGUUGCCACCGACGCACAAUGACCGUUCGACCGACCGCAAGAAACGCUCUCUGCCAUGGCCCCGCAAGUCGGGCGAGUUUGGCGAGGAGCACCGCCGAGACUCGAUGAUGUCCAUUGCCGACCGCGAGCCCGAGCCGUCGGGGUUCGUCCACUCGUUCCACCGUGCCAUGGAUAACAUGUUUGACAACCGGCCCAAGGCGGCGCGGUCCAGUGCGGGUGUCUUUGGUGCUCUCAUCCAGAACACUGGUGCAGUGGCGGCUGCAGCAGCUCCCACGUCCAGCACCCUCAUUCCAUCGGCCAAGCGGGCAGGGUACCACCUCAAGCGCUACGAGCUAUCGGGACCCCCGGCAACCUCGUCAGCGUACGAGUCUGCGUCACGGAACUCGCGGUCGAGCCUUGGAUCCCGCUCCAACUCGCGGCCUACUUCCCGCCCUCCUUCCCGGCCAACGAGCCUGUACUCUUCUCCCACCGUCGUUGACGGAGGCACGCCCGACGACAAGAAUGGCGCCCAUAUCGAAAUGGUGCCGCUCGACCAGCAGCGUUCCAAGAGCAGCGACAAUCUCCAGCAGCAAUCCAAGAGCAGCGACAACCUGCUCGAGAUGAAGAAGAAGGCCAGGCCUAGGCCCAAGCCCAUCAGCCUCAAGUCGAUUGAGCGUGGCGCUGAAAAGUGGCUCAAGGCGCCCCGGACCCCCAGCUUUGUGGGCACGCCGACCCGCCACGAGUCGGGCGACCACUUUGCAGCCGCCUUUGGCGAGGAGGAUCGCCGCCACAAGGAAUGGGAGGCCGAGAAGAGGCGCCGCAAGAAGGCAAAGGAGCAGCGCAAGAAGCAGGAAGUCUUCAUUAUCCAGCACGUCGCGGCCAUCCUGGCCCGCCAGCAGUUCCUCCUCAAGCUCGCGCGCGCGCUCAUGAUGUUUGGUUCGCCCAGCCACCGUCUCGAGACCCAGAUCCAGGCCACAGCCCGCGUCCUCGAGAUCAACGCCCAGGUCGUCUACCUGCCCGGCAUCAUGCUCGUGUCCUUUGCCGACGAAGCGACGCACACGUCCGAGACGAAAUUCUUAAAGCAAGCAACGGGACUGGAUCUCGGAAAAUUGCUCGCCGUCCACAACGUCUACUGGGACGUGGUCCACGAUCGCGUGGCUGUCGACGAGGCAAGCAAGGUCAUCGACACGCUCAUGACCAUGCCACCGCACUACAACGCCUUAUGGACCAUCAUCAUUGGCGGGUGUUGCUCGGCCAUCAUCGUGAUUCCGUCGUUUUACGGUUCAUUCAUCGACGCGCUCAUGGCGGCGCCACUCGGCAUGGUUUUGGUCGGCGUCCAGAUGGUUGCGGCCAAGAACGACAUGCUUGCGAACGUGUUUGAAAUCACUGUCGCGACGCUCAUCUCGUUCUUUGCGGCCCUUCUCGCCUCGACAGACCAGUUCUGCUACACAGCCCUAGUUUCGGGCGGAGUCGUCCUCAUUCUCCCCGGAUACAUUGUGUUGACCGGCGCGCUCGAGCUGGCUUCUCGCAACAUUACAGCGGGUGCUGUGCGCAUGGCCUACUCCAUCAUGUACAGUCUCUUCCUCGGCUUCGGGAUUUCGCUCGGCGCCCUCGUGUACAGCAAGAUCAGUGGAAAGGAAGUUAUCAACUCCACCAACUGGCAGUGCGAUUUGACGCAUGUGGCGGGAUCGCCGUGGUUCAAGCAGACUCCGAGUGCCUACUGGUACUUCCUCGCCGUCCCUGCAUACUCGUUUGUCCUCUCGCUUCGCAACCAGCAGCCCAUCUUCCGCAAGGAACUCCCCGUCAUGAUCCUCAUUUCGUGUGCCGGCUGGGUCACCAACCACUUUUCCUCUCUGGCGUUCUCGGGUCGUUCCGAUAUUGUCUCCGCCCUCGGUUCGUUUGUCGUCGGCAUGCUCGGUAACCUGUAUGGCCGCUUCUUCAAAGGCGCUUCGUUCCCGGUCAUGGUCACUGGCAUUCUGUUCCAGCUCCCGUCGGGUCUGUCUCAAGGCGGCAUCUUCAACUUUGCGGCCACAACCGGCGACACAUCGACGCAGUACUCUACUGGCUUCUCUGUGGCUGAACAGCUUGUCAGUGUGGCCAUUGGUCUAACUGUCGGACUCUUUGUGGCUGCCGUUGUCUCCCACCCGCUUGGCGGUUCACGCCGUCGCGGUGCGGGUAUCUUCUCCUUCUAG